UCCAGGUUGAUAGAUGUUGUCGGACACAGACACAAGUUCUGUUCUUAAUGUGAACGAACUAGUGGUUCAUUGGACUUUCGACAUGCUCUCGAGAGAAUAUGGGAUAUAGCUAACUUGAGGGGCCCUCCUGCCACGUAUUCAUUGUUCGGUGCAUGUGAAUUGCCGCGGGUACCGCUGCAAACUGACCUCAGUGUGAUGCGGACACCUUAUCUUAGGUGCCAUAAGCAUUAGAUUUUAGCUGUUGUAACUAUACCCAUGUUUGCAUAACGUACGUUUCACGUAUGAUACUGACAACUUAAAGUGCGCCCAAGCCUAUUUCCAGCCUUCGUUAGACCGCAACACUAUGUAAGGCUUGCCGCUGCAUAUUCCGGGAACGGAAAUAGUAAUUCAAUUAAGGUACUUGUGCGUGUAUGCGAUGCGUAUUGUGUGAAUGUGUCCCAUAUAUGUGUAUGCUUUGGAAGAGAUGCUAAUGCUAAUGUGCUAUGUGUUUGAUUUGUUGGAAUUGUUUUGGAUGGAUUUGUUCGACUGGUGUUUGCUUCCUGUGGCUUGGAGCUUAUAUGGUGUAUUGGCGAUGGUGAAUGAUCGCAGCGCGUGGUACUGUGUCGUGUUUCUGAAUCGUUGCUGCACUGUGGCUAUUUGGCUAGCGUUGUUUUAUGCUCGAGUUAGUGGGAUCUGA